GACAACGACAGCAGGGCCGCGUACUUCGCUGAACGCGCCUUGUCAUAUGCACCGCGCGUCGAUCCUUUAACCCUCUCCCUCACCCUACACGAAACGCUCAUUAUCCUCAUCAAAUCCGACAUCCAUCGCUCGUUUGGGGAACGCCAAGACAGAAGUGCACGCUCCGUCGACCCAUCAUGUUCGGCUUCAAGAGAUCCUUCGUCUCGAAGGAGCAGAGAACGGGCAAGACGAGGAAGAUAUCCAAGCGUUCCUUCAACGACGACGUCAAGCAGAGGCUGCGCGAUAAGAUCAACAGCGCUGCGAGUCCCGACACAUCGCCUUCGAUAGGCUCGAUGGCGUCGCCCAAGCUCAACUCCGCGAUCAUCACGAUUGCCGUUGGCAAGGACCAGCGUCUGUUUGCCGCGCACGAAGAUGUGCUUUCGCGCUCGCCUUGGUUCGCCGAGGCGUGUCGAGCCCAGUUCUUCGAAUCCCCCGGCCAGCGACGUAUCGCACUCCCAGACGAGGAGCCCGAGGUCUUUUCCGCUGUUCUCGAAUACCUGUACAAGGGCGACUACUACCCUCGACUUAUCCAUGAUCGGAAGAGGAAUACAUGGUCGCUCGAGGACAACGAGGACCUGCUAAAUGCCACAACGUCCGUGUCUCCCCGCAUGGACAAUUCCGACCCAAAGAAACCCUGGAGCCUGAACGAGUGCGCCUCAAUCUAUCAUCACGGCGUGGAGGACUACAUCCUUCGGGACACAGUCGUCUACUGCACCGCGCUGAAGCUAGGUCUACCAGAACUGCAGCGCCUUGCUCUUCGCAAGCAAGGCUUGCAAUCUGGUAUCGACGUGGCAACGAUCUUGCGCAGUGCACGCUUCGCAUACGCGAACACGCCUCCCAGCGACUCGCGUCUCCGUGCUCAUUAUCUCGCGCUCAUCAUCCGCAGCCGCAAGACAUUCAAGCGCAGCGGCACAAUGCAGAUGGAAAUGGAGGCCGGCGGCAGCCAGAUGUUCUUCGAUCUGUUUGUGGCCAUGGUGAACCACAUCGAUGACCUUGUGGACGCGGGCAACACCCGCUCUCCCGAGAUCAACAAGUGAUUCAAAUGCAUGCCACGAAGAGUUCGAUGCAGCUCUGCGCACCCGAACGAACCCACUCAACUCUUAAAAACCCAUAAAACAAGGAGACUGCCUGUUCGACACACCUCGCUCAUUGGAACGGCGUUAGGCUAGCUUUUGAAGAGCAGGCGUCAGCUCUCACCUCACGGCGCAGAAAUGGCUUCGCUUCA